AUUAUUUUUCACAGUAAAAUGGCUCAGAAGGUGGUCCUGAAAGUUCUAACCAUGACUGAUGACAAGACCAAGCAAAAAGCCAUAGAAGCUGUUGCAGAUAUCUAUGGAGUUGAUUCAAUCGCGGCGGAUCUAAAGGAUCAGAAGCUGACAGUGGUAGGACAGAUGGAUGCAGUGGCAGUGGUGAAGAAGUUGAAGAAAGUAGGCAAAGUUGACAUAGUAUCAGUUGGACCUGCUAAAGAAGCGAAGAAAGAAGAUAAGACAAAGGAAAAGAAAGAGGAGAAGAAAGAACAGAAGAAAGAGGAAAAGAAAGAUGAAAAGAAGGAACAGAAAAAAUAAAAAUAAAAAAAACCCAUCUUCUAAGGUUAAAGAAAUAAGGUUUUGAGAGAUGGAGGAGGCCAGGUUCCUGUCUGCAGAAGAGUUAAAUUCAAGCAUGAGCAAUGUGAAAGGGGUUUUGGUUUAGAGAAGUUAGCGUGUCAUCUUAGCAGACUGUAAUUAGAUGGUUGAUAUUUAGAUAGAUUAUGUAAUUUUUAUGUAAAAUUAAUUUAUGCAGUUUGAGUUACGAGAGAUUUGCCGGUUUUGUUUUGUUAUUGAACAAAGAAUUCUGUUGCCGAAUGCUUGAAAGAUUAAAGAAUAUACCUUAAGAAAAUCCUUAAAACAAAUUGAAGUU